AUGGUAGAUAAUGCACCAAACAACUGCAUCAUGAAAUCUGACCUCGAAAACGGCGGCGGCAGCAACGGUGGUGGUGGUGAAGACCUCUUCACUACAACUCCUCAGCCUCCUCAAAGAGAAAAGGUAUAUUCAAAGUGGGAGAACAUUGUAUUAGCUUACCAAUCACUUGGAGUAGUGUAUGGAGACUUGGGAACUUCUCCGGUGAAUGUAUUCUCCGCGACAAAAUUCACUAGUCUAUGUGAAGACGACCUUUUGGGAACCCUGAGCCUUAUUAUAUGGACUCUGACCUUGUUAGUGUUGAUCAAAUACGUGUUCAUCGUGAUGCAUGCAAACGAUCAUGGAGAGGGUGGAACCUUUGCUCUCUACUCAUAUAUUCGGCGUCAUAUUAAUUUUACGACCAACUUCACCAUUCGCAACGCCAGAGUGGAUUCGAGAACCCCUUCUUCGACUAGGGCUAAGGGCUUUCUUGAGAGGAGCACUCGUGCUCAGAAUUUUCUCACUAUUAUAGUGCUCUUGGGAACUUGCAUGGUUAUUGGAGAUGGAGCUCUUACUCCGGCCACUUGUGUUCUUUCAGCCCUCCAAGGAAUUCAAUCGCGCUCUUCUAAGAUCACACAAGAACAUGUAGUGUGGAUAUCUAUAGUUCUUUUAGUAGCCCUGUUUCUGUUCCAAGGUUAUGGGACCAACAAAGUCAGCGUCCUAUUCUCUCCAAUAAUGUUAAUUUGGUUUGCUACCAAUGUCUCAAUUGGAGUUUACAACAUCAUCAAGUAUAAUCCAUUCAUCCUCAAAGCUAUCUCACCACACUACAUUGUCCAAUUCUUCAUGGCCAACACCAAGACCGCUUGGGAUCUCCUCGGAGCCGUUUUCUUGGGCAUCACAGGAGCUGAGGCCAUGUAUGCAGAUUUGGGGCACUUCAACAAAAGGGGUAUCCAGUUGGGCUUCUCUUUCGUGGUUUUUCCGUCGUUGAUAGUGACAUACGCGGGCCAAACGGCUUACCUAACAAAGCACCCUGAAAACAUCGUGGACGCCUACUACAGCUCUAUUCCCAAUCCUGUUUACUGGACGAUGUUCGUUAUCUCCACACUAGCCGCGGUUGUCUCGAGCCAAUCUAUGAUCUCCGCAUGUUUCUCCAUCGUGAAGCAGUCGCUCGAGCUCGACUGCUUCCCGAGGGUCACCAUAGUCCACACAUCAUCCAAGCACCAGGGCCAGGUCUACUCCCCUGAGAUCAACUACAUUCUCAUGAUCCUCACCGUUGGGCUCGUUGUCGGAUUCAAAGGCGGAGUCGAGCUAGCUAAUGCUUAUGGUGUCGUGGUGAUAUGGGUGAUGAUCAUAACCACGUCCCUCACGAGCCUCGUGAUGCUGGUGAUCUGGAAAAUGCACUCGGCCUUCGUGCUUUUGUUCUUUGUUCCGUACGCUUUAAUCGAGGGGGCGAUGAUGGCGUCGUUGCUUCAGAAGAUUCCGGAAGGGGGCUGGGUCCCGUUCGCCAUCUCAGCCCUCUUCAUGGCUGUGAUGGUGUCGUGGACGUACGGAAGGAGCAAGAAGGCCAUGUACGAGGCCGAAAACGGUAUGAGCGUAGCAGAGAUGGACGAGAUUAUUUCCGAGACUGGCUUCUGUCGGACUCCAGGUGUUUGCUUUUUCUAUACGGAUUUCGUGUACGGUGUCCCUCCAAUAAUCCGACAAUACAUCCUUCACGCGAAUUCGGCACGUGAGAUCGUUGUGUUUGUCACCAUCAUGACUGUGCCGGUCAUAACCGUGGGGCCCGCGGAGCGUCUCCAUGUGGGGAGGCUAGGGGGGCAAGGGGUGUACCGGUGUUUGAUUCGGGUCGGGUAUAAGGAUGCGGAGGAUAUGGAUGGGGCGGAAUAUGCUGACUCGAUCGUGGCGAAGCUCGUUGAGGUGAUCGAUGACCCCAACGAGGUGGAGAGGAUUGAGAGCGCGGUGAAGAGAGGGGUCGUGUUUGUGACCGGAAGGACUAUUCUCAAGGCGAAUGAGAAGAGCGGGAUGCUUGCACGGUUCACCAUAGAUUACCUGUACAUGUUUCUACAGAAGAACAGUAGGCCCGCGUUUUCCACGCUUCAAAACCCGUCCCAAGCGACUGUGCAAGUCGGAAUGGUUUAUGAAAUCUGA